ACCGUAUAACAAUUGUUGGAACAAAGAAAUUAGAGAGGGGGCGAAAUGAAGGUAGCCUCAAAGGUCAUCAUUCUCUUCAGAGACGCAAAAGGAUUUGCCUCUGCCAUCUCCGAUGCUUUCCACCCCAACCCUUCCCUGUCUUUGCGCUGCCUAGAGGACUCCUUUGAGCUAUCCCUGGAGGGUUACGGAAUCAAAGAUCACAAGGCAUCAGGGAGCAUUUUUCAUUUUGUUAAUCCUGGGGGCACUUUCCAGGUGACACUGGUGCUUAUGCAACAUUAUGAACCACCUGUCCUCGCAUGUGCUGUUAAUGAGGUUCUUAAUAAGAUGGCAGGAGAUAAGUCAUCCCUAAUGCCAAAGCUGUAUAUACCAAUUAUUGUGGAUUCAUCCCAAAUAAAAAGGGAUAGCAAAUCUUUGAGAUCCAAUGAGACCAGAGCAUUAGUUUACGGUAUACAGAUAAGUCAAGAAGGAGAAACCAAUGAGACCUUACUCUCCAAAACCGUGAAACCACCAUCCUCGCUGCAGAUUCAGCAUGAGACAUUAGCAUGUUGCCUUCACUUACUUAACGUGUUGAAGCUACCGAGCUUUUUUCUCAUUGGACAAACAGGACAGAAUCUACCGAAUAAAUCUACUGAAGAGUUUGAGAUAACUCACACCAUUGGCGAGAUUUUGGCCAGCGCUACAGGCUUGAACUAUUCAAAAGACAGUAUGACAUGGAAUCCAACUAAGACAUCAAGGGAUAGCAAAGAGCCAUGGCGUGCCUUAUAUGGUUGAGCAAUGAUUAGAUGUACUCAUGUUUUGACCAUUUUGGUGCCUGUAAUAUACAGAACCUUUACUCUUUCUUGUUGGUGAAUGUUUAAACAUUUUGAGAAGGAAAAGGCAAGGACGAUAGUACUAUAAUUUUGUUUAAAAUGUCAGAUAGGAUAAUAUAAUAGAUGGCAAAAUUGGCUUGGUUGAUUUGAAGAA